AUGGAUUCCCUUAACACAACAAUUGUUCAGCAAAUUGAAACAUAUAUAAAUGAAGAUAAUUUAAAAAAUGAUCCUGUCUUGGCAAACUAUGCAAAUAAAAAUAAUGGAUGGAUCCGACUUGAAUUAUUAACUCGUUGUAAUAAAUUAUCAUGUUAUAGUUAUGAUAAAAUCCUUAAGGCUUUACAUUCUAAACAAUCAAAUACAAUUGAAUUAAGUUCGUUUGAACCACGAUGUAUACGUCGUCGAUAUCAAAUAUUAAUAGAUGAUAGUAUUCAAGAUAAUCGAACUGUGAUUGUAACUGGUUUACCACGUAAUAUUAAAUGUGAAGAAUUAAUAGAAUUUUUCAAUCGUUUUUAUCCAAUUCAAGAAAUAAAAAUGUUUUCAUCAACAAAUAAAUUCAAUGGAAAAAUUCAUGUUAUAUUUAAUAAAUUAUCUGAUGCGUUAGCAUUUGUUCAACGGUCAACAUUAUCAUCAAUUAUCUAUGUAAAUGAUGAUGUACUUCAAACAUGCAAUGGUUAUACACUUAUAUGUAAAUUAUUAAAUGAUGAAAUUAAUAAGGAUUUAAUUAAACAAAAUGAUCAACAUAGUUUCAUUAAAGGAAAAUCAUUUUCUACUCGACUUACCACUCAUUCAUCACGUGUCUCAUUCAAUAAAAACACUUCAUCGAACAUAGAUACUUCUGUUCAUCGUCAAUCUUCACCAAUAAUUUCUCAAACCAAACCCUAUUUUAAAUCGAAUAUAGAUGCUAAAGAACAAGUACUUUUGUCUCCAAAGAAUAAUCAAUUAAAAAAUUUUGAUUAUGCAAAACAAAACAUCGUUUAUAAUAGAUUUUCAUAUGAUUUCUAUAUACCUGAUCAUCUUCUUAAACAAAUACAUAAAUGUGUAGUAAUAUCUGUCUUAAAUCCACAUUGCUUUACAAUUCAACUUCAACAAGAUAUAGUAGAAUUUGAUAAAUUUCAAAAAGAAAUUAACGAUUUUUACAACAAAUUAAAUGAUAAACAAUAUUAUAUAAAACCGGAACAAAUCCGUAUUAAUCUAUGUGUUAUAUGUUGUGAUACGAAAUCAACGGAUGACAAUAAAAUAUGGAAUCGUUCACAAAUACUUGAUUUUGACUCAUCGGAUAAUACAGUGAAUUUAUUUUAUGUUGAUUUAGGUACAUGGGAGGAAUAUGUACCGAUAAAUCGUUUACGACAUAUAACUGAUCGUUUUCAACAACAUCAAGUUUUUUCUUUAACUUGUCGUUUAGCUCAUAUAAUUCCAUUAAAUAAUGAUAAUGAUUAUUUAACAUGGACAGAUGAAGCAACAAAUCAAUUCACAGCUGUUAUUGAUCAAAUUGUACCGGAAAUAGAAUUUUUAUCAUUUACUUCAAAUGGUUGUAUACAAACAAAUGUAUUUGUUAUUAAUUCUGAUCAACAUGUUUGUGUUAAUGAUUAUAUGAUACAUAUAAAGAAAGCUAAAUCUAGUAUGAAUACAACGUUAACAAAUAUGAUUGAAGAUGAUGGACAAAAUAGUAUUCAAUCAGACGAACAUGAUAUUGAUGGUAAUGGUUCAUCAGUUCAUCCAGUCAUUGCAUUAUAUAAUAGAUUAGGAGAGAUUUUACAACAUUCACUCAUUGAAUCUCGCACUGCGAGUACAAGUAGUUCUGUUAUUUCAUCUCCAUCUUCUGCAUUACCACGAUCAUAUGUUAAACUUAUUCAUGUAAAUCUAGACACGACUAUUCCUAAUAGACAAGAAUAUAAUAAUCGUCAACAAAUGUUACCGAUUAUUUUUGUUCGAUAUAAAAAAACAAUACUCAUUCCUGAUUUUAAUAUUUAUACUCUCCUUCAUGCUAUAAAUCCUACCAUUGAUAUUCACACAAUAGAAAACUAUGCGUUUGCUAUUAGAUAUAAUUAUAUAUAUAUAACAUCCGAAACAAAUUUUGAUAUAUUUACACAAUUGAGUUCAUUAAAUAAUAUUCAGUAUUCAAAUACUAUAGGAUUAUAUCCUCUUGAUUUUGUUGGUUAUAUCCUUGAACAUUAUAAUUUCCACGAUACUAACGUCUUUCAAGCAUUAGAAAGUGCUAAAUGUGCUCAAUUGCAUGCAUCUGAUAUUGCUCUAUGGUUUUCAUUAGACAAUGAACUUCAUCCUUCAAAUACAUUUGUCUUCGGCGAUUCUAUUAAACUUAAUCAACAAUCAUUAAUUCCAAAUCGUCUUCCAUUUUCCAAUCGUUUAAUUAACCCAACAUAA